AUGGGAGACGAGUAUCUUCAGUCUGCCUCUUCAGAGGGGUCUAGCCACAUAUCUCUGUCCAAGAUUUCCUUGUCACCAAUCUUCAAGGCCCUGACCAUCCAGCCAAACCAUCAGCAACUGCCCAUGAAUCAAUAUUGCUAUGUGAACACAUGCACACAGCUGGGCCUCGCCUAUUGGGGCCGGAACAGGUGUAGAUGGUAUUCCCAUCAAAGGCUCCUCUCGGGACCUGGGAAAGCAACUGCCCGGGGCGGACCCGGCCGAGCCAAGCCAAAGCGGAGCGAGGCGGGGCGGGGCGGGCCUAGAAAACAGGCCGGGUCGGGCCCCGGCAGAGGCGGAGCCGUGGGGGACGCGUUCAGGGAGCGCACAGCCAGGCUGCUGGUGGACUACCUGGAGUACUGCGCCCGCGAGCCCGGCACCCCCGUGCGGGCGUCGUGCACGCCCGAGGCCGCCGUGCUUCCCGUGGCCGCCCGGAUACAGUAGACCAACGUGCACUUCUUGUCCCAAUACCGCGGCUUCCGCGGGAACCGCGUCGAGCUGGUGGCCUGGAUGGCGCAGGAGCUACUCGCCAACAACCCUGGUGGCCCCCGUUGGGGCCGCGUGGCAGCGCUCGUGACCUUCGCGGGGACGCUGCUGGAGACGCCGCCCGGGGGGGCCCGUAGGCGGAAGAAGACGGAGAAUGAAGACGUUAGCAGAGACUGCCGGUUCCUGGUGGCCUUGCUGUGUGCUCAGCUCUCCGGACGGCAGCGCGCCUGGCUGAUGGCGAAUGGCGGCUGGGAUGGGUUUUGUCUCUUCUUCCAACGCUCAUUGCAGCCAUCUUGGGAAAGACAGCAGGUCCUCUGUUUUGGCCAGGAGUAUUCCAACUCUUUGAGUUCUUUUGCCACUGGGAAUAGAAUCUGGAGAGGAUGUUUUGCCUUCCAAGAGGGAGCCUGCCUUGAAGAGAAGAGCUCACAGGACAGAGGUCAGAGAUUGGGGGUGGGAUGGAGCAUGGAGAAAAAGUUUUGAUGACAUGACUGAAAUCUCACAAUUUGGCUGUGCCUAAAGCUAGUUGGGGCUCAAUAAAUUUCCUUUU